AUGAAUACUCAAUCUUCUGCUAAAACUCGACACUAUACAGAAACUGCCCAGCAAGCCAAACGCCUAUAUGAUCACCUCAAACACACUAGUGAUCUUCGGUUUAACAUAUCUGAUUACUAUAUCUUUAUUUCUCUAUUGAUUCGUUCCAAUACCGCAACUCCCGAUUCCAUUCGACUUAUUCUGGUUGAUAUGAAUGCUUGUGGAAUGACUCCGUCAGUUGAAAUAUGGAUGCAAUAUCUGCAAAUACUUGCCAAGUUUCAUCAUAUGGAUCAAAUCAAAAUCAUAAUUAAUAAUUUGAUUAGUGAAUCAGUCAUUGUGUCGGAAUCUCAGCUAGAGCACCUGCUGCAGCAUCUCGGUCAAACAGCUCAAUCAGAUAUUAUUCUGGAAAUUAUUCAGCUGCUUGUUCGGGCUCGUAUACCCAUUUCAAAACUCAGUGUACAUAGCCUGAUUCACGGUUUUGGUCGCAAGAAGGAUAUUAAUAACAUGGCAUACUACUUGCAUUUACUCAACAAACCCUCAAACCAUAAUGUUAACUCGACAACAGAGCAGUCGGAUUUGAAUGACACCAUCUCUGACAAGGCUAUGAUAUCCGCUGCAUUUUCAACCAUUACACCCGACUUUUACAUUUUUCACUCAUUCAUUAGAUCUGCAUGUGCUGUGGGGAAUACCACGAUGGCUUUGAAAGCAUACAAUCAAAUGAUCCAAUCUGGCAUCAAACCUAAUCUAUGGACAUUUACAUUUCUUUUACGAAUGUUUGCUCAGCAAGGAGACCUCGUACAUGCCAAUUCUAUUUGGGAGCGACUUCGGUUUAUGGGCGUCAUGCCCGACAUUGUCCUCUAUACCAUGUUGAUCAAGUUACGUGCUGAUAAAGGAGAUAUUUCUGGAAUGCUAAAACUUUUUUCAGAAUUCAAAUCCUUUGGGCUUGUGCCAGAUUGUCGGCUAUACAAUGCAUUACUUCACGGAUAUAAUCUUGCAAAUGAUUUGAUGGCAAUGCAAACACUGUACACACACAUGAUUUUAGAAGAAAAUGUGAUACCAGAUGAGACCACGUUUACGACUAUCAUGCAUGCACAUAUCAAAGCCGGUAAUCUUGCUGGAGCUCGUCAAUGGUUCAAGCGGAUGGUAGAUGCAGUGACGGUUGAUGAUCUUUUACCUGCGACAAAGUUUAAUCAAAAGCAACAGCAUGCAUCCAUUCGAACGUCGCCCAUUUCGAUAAAGCCUGGCGUGAUCUCCUAUACUGUUCUCAUGAGUGGACUAGCUGAGCUUGGUAAUAUUGGUCAAUUGGAAAAGAUGUUUUUAGAAAUGGUCCAAAACAAUAUUGCUCCAAACCUCUAUACGUAUACUAUUAUCAUUCAAGGAUAUAUCGUGUCACAUAAUAUGACGGCAGCACUUCAGGUUUUUCGUCAAAUGAUAUCAGAUCCAGAUCCUAUUGUUCCUGACCAUGAAGUAUAUAAAACCAUGAUUGGAGGGUAUGUGGGAUUGGGUGAUUUUGAUACUGCUUGGACAUGGAUUAGCAAUAUGGAACAGGAUGGCAUCAAACCCACUGAAAAAACGUUUGCGCUAUUUAUUGAUGCACAUAUUGCCAGAUCUGAUUUAGAUAGCGCAUACAAUGUAUAUGAGCAAAUGCUAUCAAAAAACAUUGAUCCUUCUGAACAUAUACUUGUUGCUCUACUAGUGCAUCUGUGUCGAUGGCGACAUACCUCCAACAGACGCAUUAGCACAGGCCCUUCUUCACCAGAUCAUCAUUUCUACAGAUCACCAGAUGGUAGUAUAAAAAAACACUCUCGCCAAAAGCUAGCUGAAAUUGAAGGCUCUGUAUACGAUCCAAACUUGUCUGCCUUGCAUAAUCUCACUCUUGUAUCAUGGGCUGGAAAGUACCAUCUCUACAUCAUGCGCAUCUACAGUCACUAUCGUCGUAUUUUCCAAACUACUCGCAAACCCAUCAAGAUAUACGAUGUCGUUAUUGGACAUUUGGCGUACUUUGAGCGUAUCCCAGCAACACGCGACGUGUUUAUGGAUAUGCUUGGUGAUGAGGUUAUGCCAGACAUAUCGAUUAUUUUGCGCAUGAUCCGUAUGCAGGCUUUGGAUGAUGAUUGGCACAGUGUUUUUACUUGGUACACGAGUGUUUUGAAAACCAUUUCACGGAUGGGAAAUGAUCCUGUUGAUACAGAUAUAAUGUCACACUCAGACUCACUAGAAACUAUUUUUGAAAAAGGGUUGCUAGAUAUACCAAAAACUGAAACGUCUUUGAACCUGUCAUCGACUCUACCCGAAGCACUGGAUGUUCCAUUCUUUUUAAAGCACACGGUCCCGUUUUGGCAAGAGCUGCAUCAUCGAGAAAAGUUGGAAAGUAGAUUGACGUUGGCAUGUUUGGGAUCGUACGGUCGAUAUGCAUUCAUUACGGAAUGGGAAAGUAUUGGAAAACGUACUGGCUGGCGACGUCAAGGAAUUCCAAACCGAACUCGACAGUCAAAAAAAGCAUCCGAUGAAUCUAGCGAGAUAAAUCAUACCAGUACUCCACGCGAAUCUAUUACAAGUGGUGCUGGUGAUCCAAUUGCAGACGAUCGACUUUACUGGGGAGUUGAUAUUGUAAAGUACAAUGAAAGGCUUAAUCGGUUUGUAUUGUUGAAUGGUCUUGAUACAGUUGCAUCAUCAAUGGGAUACUGGAUCACCGUUGUUUCUAUUCACAAGCGCUUUAACGUGCCUUUUGGUUUGCAGCCCAUUUCACAGCAGCUACGUAGUAGUAUUGUGCUGCCAAUACUUUUAGACAAAAAAGACAAGCUUUCAUCUAUUGUAUCGGGCCACAACAAAAUGGGAAAAAACGAGUAUUUUCCAUCUCAAAAAAGAAAAACGUCUAGUAGUGGAGAACAAGGUAUUGGAGACGCAUGGCUUGAUGUAACUUUAGAUCCAAAUGCACAGUUUUCAAGCUUUGUCAAAUUAUUUCUUCGACACUGUGAGUUGUGUGAACUUUGGGAAGCCCGACGACGUGCAUUGGAAUGGAUUUUGCAAAAUGCACCUCUGGAGUUGUCUGCAGAUGAAACAAAUGAAUUGGAAACGUAG